UUUCCCUUUUUUUUUCGGUGGAAAGAAACUUCUGGGGUUUUCUUGUUCUUGGUGAGGGACAGAAUCUAUCACGAGCAAGUUUAUACGGAUGAGUGGCGGCGGCGGCGAUGGAGGAAGUGGAGGACGAGAAGGCGAUUGGGACUGCAGCGGUUGUGGCAACCGCAAUUACGCUUUCAGAUGCUUCUGCAACAGAUGCAAGCAGCCGAGGCUCCUGGUUGACAAUAAAACCCCAGCCGAUUCCAAAUGGCUCCCCCGCAUCGGUGAUUGGAUCUGCACCGGUUGCACUAACAACAAUUAUGCAUCAAGAGAAAAGUGCAAAAAAUGCGGGCAACCAAAGGAGAUAGCAGCGAUGCCAGCUAUGGCAAUCCCUGGAGCUUCUGUCCCAACUUAUCCAAAUUAUUUUGCCAGGGCACAAGGAGGACUCGAUCAAAGGAUAAACAACGGAUUGUUGGGGAAUGGAUCUCUCCAGCAGUCACUGCCUUUGAGCUCUAACUGGCCUUUUGCUGGGGCUGAUAAAUUUGGUCUUCAACCAGCUGCUACUUGGCCAGUGAAUGGGAUGAAUACUUCUGGUGUUCUGCAUGCUAGCCAAGCUAAUCAACUAGUUUCUGCUCCAAAAAGCUGGCGCAGUGGUGACUGGAUCUGCAGCUGUGGCUUUCACAACUAUUCUUCUCGUGCACAGUGCAAAAAAUGCAACACUCCAAUGCCAGAAGCUGCACGUUCUUCUUUUGUCAGUACGGCAAUUACAGCUCAUGGAACAAAAAGAGUAGCUUCUGAAGAACUUGUUCACGAAUGGGAUAGCAAGAGACUGAACGCUGGACAGCCUGCAUAUUCAGGACCUGAAUCUGUUGUCGGUCCUAGUGGCAGUCAACCAUCUCUCAUUUACUCGACCUUUCCAAGUGCAAGUUCAGCUUUGGGUCCAAAUUUGCGAUUUAAUCUGCAGGUACCGCAUGUACCAGCAGCUCCUACUCUUCUUGGCAAAGGGGCAAAACAAUGGCGUGAUGGGGAUUGGAUGUGCAAUAAUUGCAACAAUCACAACUACGCAUCUCGAUCAGAAUGUAACAGGUGCAAGAAGCAGAGAGAGGUGCUUCUUCAGCAAGUUGGUGUUGCGUAGCCUACAGCAUUGAAGGGAUUUUAAGUUUGCUCCAAUUGUGUAACAGCUACUGUUGAUUAUUGGACACAUGGAUUCGAUGCGGUGAUCAUUCGAUCAUCCUGCCUAGAUUUGGUUUGAUUUACUGCACAGUGCGGGUACAAAUUGAGUUUAUUAUGAAAGGUUGUGUUCCAGUGUGAAGUAUGAAAAUGUGCAAUCUUUCUCAGGAGCCUUUUCACUGUUUAAAA